UCAGCUUGCCAGAAGCGAGAGCCCAAAUAUGGCGACAUGGCAGCGGUAUCCGGGGACCUGGACGCCCGAUGAAGAGGCCGCUGCACGCAAUGCAGCGACUGCACCGCCGUUUGGCUAUGCAGAGGAGGGAAAGGAGAACGCUGAGUGUGGUCGAAAUGGAGACGUGCAGCGUCCUCCACAUACUCAACAGAACAAUGCGAGGAUGCCUCCGUAUCAGCAGGAACAGGCUCGACAGCAGCCAUUUCCGGGUUAUCCCUCCAUGCCUCCGCAAAGGUAUUCAUGGUAUCCUCGUGAUACUCAUGCGCGUCAGGAGCACUACGACCCCAUGUCGUAUGGAACGUAUCAAGGCCUCCAAGCUCCAGCGCAGCAGUCGACGUCUGUUCGUGGCCAGUGGGUAGCGCUGGAUCAGCAGCGGAACCAUCAAAGGCUCUGGAUGGAAGAACCUGGAGCUCUGCAGCUCAAUGAGAGGCACAGAUACGGGGGAAGAAGACAUGAUCAACCGAGUUGGAGCAGCAGGACGCCGGGGUUCGUGAUGGCAACGCUCAAACUUUGUGUGUAUCACGUGUUGAACGUGGUCUUCGCACUCGUGGCAUGCGGAAUCCUGUCCGCGGGUAUCUGCACGGCUGCCUCACUGAUCCCCAUGUGCUGCGUGGGGCUGCUGAUCUUCCAAGUGCUCGUGUACAUUGUGUUCUCCACGGCUCAAUGGGACAUCAAGCUGGGAAAUUUUAUCACUCCGGCGCAUCAGUACGCGUACUCAACUCUGCCACCUCCUGGGAGAUUUAUUGGAAGGGAGGGCAUUUCUGGAUACCGAAUCUCUCCGAGUUUGGCGUUCUUCUCCCCAUUAUCCCUCAUGGCGAUGCUGUAUUUCGUGCUAGUGAAGCCUGUGAUCGGCGCUCUGAGUUUCCUGUCAGUGUUACUGGUCGUUGCGCCGACAGUGUCGUUCAUCACGUCACUAACCUCGCACUACCAAGGCGAGUAUUAUGAUUCAAUCCAAAUCUACGGCGUGGGCCCCACCUCGAUGAGUCGGUACCCAGGACUCUCCUUGGCAAGCGCUAUCUGCGUGACGCUCCUCGGCGUGGCACUCAUGCAACUUGUGGCCAAAAUCUCGCUCGGAGCCACGCGGUUUUUCUGCUGCGAGAAGUUCGCCACGACGAGGUUUGCACCGCACCAACUCCAGUCACUUCCGAACAACGGUAUUGCGUCCUAUGGAACAAGUUUAACAAGGGGAUAGCACAGCAUGUUAACUGUAGCGUUACAUGGACAACCGAAAGUUUUUUUCGAGUGUUUUCAGAGUAGAUUUUCGAGUGUUUUCAGAGUAGAUUUCGCCUCUUGGCCAGAAAAAAGGCAACUUUUAACACAACCAUUCCCAAAAACACCAGAAUGUUUGCAACUUCAGGCUUUCGCCAUGUGCAAGC